UAUACAGAGGUCCCAGAGCACUCUCCACCAGGUCCUCAAGCUGGAGAAUGGCCUUUGUAAAGAGAGAGACAGAGAGAGGACCCAGACAGAGACAGAGAAAAGUGGAGAUAUAAGAAAAAAGGGAAGCUAGAAUCCCCAGAAGAUGGAGGUAGCUAAUAAGGGCCUGGUUGGUUGGAGUGACCCAUGUGUUAAAUAUGGUUAAAUAUUAAUUUAGCUUCUUUCAUAUAAGAGGGCAAGAUUGCCAGCAGGGAGAGCCAGGUAGAUUCUGUGGAAAUUGCUAAUCAGUGUAGGGGAAGUAGCCAGGAGCCCUGUGCCCUAGGGACUGUCCACCAUUCACUCCUGUCCCUUCAACUCCCUCCAGGAUGCCUUGUCUCCUUCCUGCCAUUCACAGAGUCCCUGCAGGCCUUGUCUUCUUAGCGCUCUGGGGCACAGUUUCAGGUGGCAAGCUCCUGGUGGUCCCUCAGGAUGGCAGCCACUGGCUUAGUAUGAAGGAUAUAGUGGAGCAUCUGAGUGUCAGGGGGCAUGACAUCACAGUCCUGGUGCCUGAAGUGAAUUUGCUGUUGAAAGAAUCCCAGUACUACACAAGAAAAGUCUAUCCAGUGCCCUAUGAGGAGGAGGAGCUGGAGAACCGUUUCCGCCUCUUUGGGAAUCGCCACUUUGACCAUCGGUGGCUGCUGACCGCUGCUCAGACCGAGUACAGAAACAACAUGAUUCUCACCGACAGGUUCUUCAUCAACUGUCAGGGCCUCCUGAAGGACUCUGCCAGCCUGAAGUUCCUCCGGGAGAGCAAGUUCGAUGCUCUGUUCACAGACCCGGCCCUGCCCUGUGGCGUGAUCCUUGCGGAGUACCUGGGCCUGCCCUCGGUGUACCUCUUCAGGGGCUUCCCCUGCUCCCUGGAGCACACGCUUAGCCAGAGCCCAAACCCCGUGUCCUACAUCCCCAGGUGCUACACGAUAUUCUCAGACCACAUGACCUCAGUGAUGAGGGCUCACCUGGAGAUCUCCCAGUCUGUCCUUGGAGGCUUUGUGCCAAUUUCUUUCUGAGCAGGAAGUCUUUGAUGG